AAUGAGGAAAAGAGAGCAAGAAAGUAAGAGCUCCGAGAAUCCGUACUCUUCUGUUUGCUCUCAUAUUCCCUCUCUCUCCUCUCUCUGAAUGUGACGCUGUCUGCCCACCCACUCCUGAAGAGAAAGAGAGAGAGGAGAGGAGGGACACGGAGCAGCACAGAGACCCAGUCUGUUUUCAGCUCCCAGUUCACUGUAGCUACUCUGCCAGACAUCACUCACCCAUCUACCUUCACACUCUCUCGAACACAUUCUCGCUAUACGACAGCUGACAACACCUUUUCAUUUUCUCAGCAGCAGCACAGACAGAUCCAAAAGAGAAGAAAAAAACAGACUUGUUUUGUGCGGCAGACACACCAGCUCUGAGGCGGUUGGCUCGAGGCUGGAGAGGGUGACUGGAGAAUGGAAUGGAACCUCAGAAGGAUGGAAAGUGAACUGAGGCACAUCAACCCGGACCUGCUGCAGCCCAGCAAGAGCUUCAAGAAGCCCUCCUCAGGCACCAUCACAAUCAAUGUAGGGGGGUUUCUGUACACCGCACACCGGACCACCCUUGCCAAACACCAGGGUUCCUUUCUGGAAGAGCUGGCCAACGGUAAGAAGCCGGUUCAGCACACUGAUUCCAUGGGCAACCCGUUCAUCGAUAGAGAUGGUCCGGUCUUUCGCCACGUGCUCAACUACCUCCGAACCGGAGAGCUCCAGCUGCCUGACGACUUCCGGGAGGCAGGGCUCCUGCGACGGGAGGCUGAGUUUUACCGCCUGAGUGAACUGGUGGAAGCUGUAGUUGAUUGGGAAAGUCAGAGGGCGGCCCAGAGGGAGGCUGCCUUUUUAGAGGUGACUGAUAGCCAUGAGAGGUCACAGGGCCUCAAGGUGUACUGCAGCGACUCCGCCUUCAUCGACAAGGUGAAAGGGCGGCUGGUACAGAUCUCUAAGAGCCGCCUGGACGGCUUUCCGGAAGAAUUUGAGGUGUCGUCCAACGUGAUCCAGUUCCGACAUUUCAUCAAGUCGGAGCCGGGCUCGCGGCUCGUUCUGAAGGAGGACAGCACAUUCUUGUGCACACUUGACUGUCUGAAACUAGAGACAGUGAUGCUAGCGCUGAGAUCAGGCUUCAAGAUGGUCACCAGCCUCGACAGCAGCAAAGGCUCUGUGGUGGCAGCUGAGGCCCUGCACUUUGUCAAGUAGGGUGAAGGGAAACAGAUGGAAGAGAGAGGAGGAGAGGGGGAAGCAGAGAGGGAAAAGAGUAGUGCCUGAUUCCAUAUCCACCCCGCUAACGUAAGAUAUUGGCUUGAAGAUCUUGUAACAUGUGUUGAGCUGUAAUGUGUCCUUGGGUGGAAGAAAGAAACAGGUGGGUCGGACUGUCUCACAGGACUGUGUUUAUAUCUUUACUGCACAAUGCUGACUUACAAAGGCUUUGAUACAUUUGGGGUAACAAUGGGUAAAUCGAUCUUUACACUGCUUUGUAAACUAAUAUUUAUAGAAUUCAGAUCAACUUAGCUUUUGAUUGGAUAUCACACAGAAAGUAAAACUGGAAGUGACAUGGAAGACAAGCAAACAGUGAAUCUUUCCAUAGAGAAGACCAAGGGAUCAAACAGAGAGUCUGAACAUUGACAGCUUUAUCAGUGGAUUUGUCUCUGCACAAGAACUGCUUCUGCUGCUUUGUCAAAAGCUGCAAAAGCCUUAAAACCAGCCGUGAUGUGCACAGUUGUGCCAUUCAGCUUUUACUACAGUCUGUGCCUGUCUGUAUGUGUGUCGCUAUACACUAUGUGUGCUGUGUUUAGCCGAUUUAAUAGCUUGUGUUUAGUUUAUUAGCCUCUCUGGAGCCUGGAGGGAAAACCACAGUGCAUUGAGGUUGUUUAUGGAUGGACUAAUAAACUUCACAUCCAAAAAUCAGAUUUAAACAACACAAAGUGUUUCUUAAAUCAUGUGGACAAGUUGAGUUUAAGUGCAAAGAACCGUGAUUAUUGUAAGGGCUUUGAAUCUAGCAUGAUGCAUGUGCACUGAAUAAACUGUGUUUUGGUUAGUACUGUGAGCCUCUGUGAAGUCACAACAAUGCCUAUUACUUUUCAUUGUGAAUAUUUUACAAAUAAAAUAAAUUAUCUGAAAGUGUU